AUGUUUUGGCGCUUUGGCGGAUAUGCCAACGUGAGCACCAUCAACACCAUCCUCGACAAACAGGAUGUCACUCUCGAGGAACUACUGGACGAGAGCGAUCUGAUCCAGGAACUCAAGCAGCAGAACAGCAAGCUCAUUGAGUUCCUGCGCGAAGAGGAUCACUUGAAGAAGCUCUUGACUUAUGUCAUUGCCGAGCCGAAGACCGAGGAGGAGACAGCAGUAGCGGCGGCGGCGGCGGCGGCAGCAGCAGCAGCAGCAGCAACAGACGCAGGCAGUGAGCAGAAGGAUGCUGCGCCGGGAACUCCCAAGUCUCCAGGUGAAGACGAGAGGAGCGGCGGUAUCUCCUUCUUCAAGGGCAAGAGCCGUGCAAGGUCCAAAUCUACGAAUAAGAACUCGCCGGACGGCGAGACGGAGCAAGAAAAGAACGAAGCUCAGCGCAAGAAAUAUGCAUACGUAGCAUGCGAAGUGCUUUCCUCAGAGGUCUGGUCCAUCAGCGAGGCUCUUCUCGAGCAAAGAGAGAAUUUGCGCGUCUUUUGGCAAUAUGUGCAGCGACCUGCACCUCUCGAUGCGCUACAGGCUGGCUACUUCACCAAGGUCAACGAAGCGCUGCUCGACAAGAAGACAGAGGAAAUGCUGGACUUCUUCAGAAACCUUGACGGGAUCGUGCCAGCGAUGCUACAGCAUGUGGACUGUCCCAUGAUUAUGGACUUGUUAUUAAAGAUCAUCUCACUGGAGAAGCACGAGGGUGGGCAGGGCAUUGUAGACUGGCUUCAGCAACAGAACCUCAUCCCGCAGCUGCUGGGAUACCUGUCUGAUGAACACAGCGGAGCAACGCAAACCUCGGCCGGGGACUUUCUCAAGGCAAUCAUUACCAUCUCUGCGAAUGCUACUACGCAGGAUCAGUCGGUGAUUGGCCCAAACGAGCUGACGCGACAACUUGUGUCGGAGCCUUGCAUACAGUCGCUUAUCGAUGGCAUGCUCAAAGGUGGAAAUCCGCUAACCGUGGGAGUCGGCAUCGUCAUCGAAGUCAUCCGAAAGAACAACUCGGACUACGAUCUUGACAAUCAAGUUGGGCCGGAGCCAAAAACGUCAGAUCCUAUCUAUCUGGGCACUCUUCUUCGCAAGUUUGCGACACAUGUACCAGAUUUUAUGCACCUAAUCAGGUCCCCGGAUGCGCAGAAGCCAGAACUGAAAGCAGCCUUUGGCCGCAAGAUUCAGCCUUUGGGUUUCGAUCGGUUCAAGACGUGUGAACUCAUGGCUGAGCUGCUCCACUGCAGUAACAUGGGUUUGCUGAACGAGCGAGGCGCAGAUGAAGAAGUCUCAAAGCGGGAUGCGGAACGCGAGAGGCUCAAAGCUGAGGGCAAGCUUGCCACACCUCGGGCACGGCAGAGUCCCACGCCAGACAUUUCCCAUGAUGAGUUUGGUAGCAGUGUUGACUCUCAAGGCUUCCAUCAUGCGCAGCGGCCCAGUGACGACGACGAGCUGAGCGAGAAGCCGGAAGAGAUCCGAAAACUGGAGGUGCAGAAUGCUUCCGACGAGGAUGGAUUCGAAAAGGUGAACAAGCCUUCGGAAGAUUUCCCAGACGAGGUUACUUUUGACGACGACUUGAGCGAAAAGAUCGACGACACGACGCAUGGAAGUUUACCGAGGCUGGAGAAAGUUGAGAAACGAGACCCAAGUGAUCCUCAGAACAAGUCGCCACAGUCUCCCAUCAGCCCAAGUGCGCUUCCGCAACCCCUGUCGCCAAAGAAGAAUGCCACGUCGCCUACGAAACAAACUCAGUUACAUUUCGAUCCUCCUCCUGCGCAUUCUGUCGACUCACCGACGACCGCGGAAGCGACUGAUCGAUUCAAUAAGCUCGAUGUCGACGAGGACACAGUGAUGUCUGAGUUUGGCGAGGAGCCGACGGAAGAGGAUGACGGCCCAUCAGAACUCGAGCGAGAAUUAGCACGCUCUGCCGAUAAGCCUGCACCUCUUUUUGCCAAGAAGACUCCCACGAUACCUCAUGACGAGACGACGUCUGCCGGUAGUGAAAGCUCGCAAGAUAUCGAGCAAAGCACAGCAACUCUGCAUGCUCAAGACCCGAGCACACUAUCCAAUGGCGAAAGAGCGCCUUAUGACACUGAGCUGGAUGGAACACCUGUUGUGGGCGACCUACUCAAACUUCGAUUCGUGGAGCACCAGGUUGUGCCCACCAUUCUUGACUUCUUUUUCCGCUUUCCUUGGAACAAUUUCCUGCAUAAUGUGGUAUACGACGUUGUACAACAAGUCUUCAACGGCACGCUGGACCGCGGUUACAAUCGGACAUUAGCAUUUGACCUAUUCACUCCCGUGCAGGGACCAGAUGGCAAGACUGCAGAGGAGAUCGGUCUUGCUUCAGGCAAAGACAUCACAGAUAGAAUUCUAGACGGCCAGGCCAAUUCGGACGAAUCGCAGAAGCAUAAGGGCAUGCGAUUGGGCUACAUGGGCCACCUGACACUAAUUGCAGAAGAGGUGUGCAAGUUUGGUAACAAACAUGCUCCGGACACACUGGACCCAGCGAUCGUGGAGCGUGUCAGUCGCGAGGCAUGGAUCACAUACGUGGAAGGCACUCUUGCCGAAACUCGGGACAAGGACAACGCUGUUCUGGGCGGCGUACGACCAGAAAACGCGAUUGGAAUCCGAGCUAUGGGUGCAAGUGGGCUGUCUGGCGGCUUUACGUCGAACACACAAAGCACGCUUGCUAGUGCGGGUCUUGGUGGUAAUAGCAACAUGACGCCUGAGGAUAGUCUGGCUCUGCAGGAAGGCACAGUCGGCCAAAGCUUUGAGAUCAACUCCGGGACUAUGCUGUCAGGCUUUGGCGACGGCGACGAUGACGAAGAGAUGGAAGACGAGGCAAUAGCACGUGAAAGAGAAAGACAACGGGCUUUCUCGGAGGAUGAACAGGUCGGUGAACUUUCGUUUGAUGUUGACAUGGACUACCGAUAA